AAACCGAAGGUCACCUCAUCUCAUAUCAGCAGCGCCGGCUCUGUCAACUGACAUACAGACUUGCUCUGUAGUUAUUUAAUAAACACAAUGGACAAUUUUGAUAAUUUUAGUGCGUCGGAUAAAGCAGAGGCGACGGAGCUGCAGCGUAUGAUCGCGAUAGAGCAGCAGAAAGCUCAGUUCCAGGCCCAGGUGCACACUUUUACUGACGUCUGCUGGGACAAGUGUGUGGACAGUCCAGGCUCGAAGCUGGACUACCGGACAGAGACGUGCCUGGUGAGCUGUGUGGAGCGCUUCAUCGACACCACCCUGACCAUUACCAACCGCUUCACACAGAUGGUGCAGAAGGGUGCUCAUUAAUGAUGGACUAUAGAUGCAAAUGGACUGUAUCAUGAUAUUAUUAAGAUAUUCCAUGCAUGUGUAUAGAAGAUUAUGUGAAGAGGAACAUGUUUUUUACUGUUUAUGACACCAGUUGACUGGUGUUGCUCGAGGAGUCCAAAAAUGCGUUAGAAACUCUACAUUGUUGUAGCUGCAAAUGGCAGCGAGAUGUACCUUACAUCAGUAAAGCAACACAAUAUGCUCAUGUU